ACGGGGCAGCGGGUGCCGGGGGUGGCGGAGCCCCGCUGUCCCGGAGCGGGUCACGCCGCUCCUUUCCGGGGUCCCUCAGCCCGGCCGCUGCCCCGGGACCCCCGGGACCCCCGGGACCCCCGGGCGGGUGUGACCGCUGCCGCCGUGGGGUGCCCGGUCCCCACGUGUGGUCCCGGGUCACUCGCGGGGGUCACUGCCGAGCCCCGUCCGUGUUUUUACGGCGCAGCCGUGUGUCACAUGUGUCACCACCGGGGCUCGUGUCACCACGGCGGUGUCACCCUGCCGUGUCCCCACGGGCAGGUGUCCGUGUCCCCGUGCGGAGUGGCGGUGACACAGGUGACGCCGCGGAAACACACGUGUGUCCCGGCAGGGUCACCGGGGCCACUGCCGGGGGCCGCUGUGUCCCUCGGGUGCCACGUCCCCUGGGCUCUGUCCCUGGCCCCGGGGGUGUCCCGGCUGCCCGGCCCGGGGAUCCCCCGGCCCCCCCACCCUUUACCCUCUCGGGCUAUUUUCGGGCUCCGCGGGUAUUUUUGGCUUCCCGAUGCGGAGCUGGUUGGGGACGGGCCGUGCCGGUGUCACCCGCCGGGACACCCGAUCCCGGGGGAUGCGGCCGCUGUCCCCAAGGGGGAGUUGCACAACCGGGGUUGGGUCCCCCUGGCUGCAUCAGCCCCGCGCCGUGAGUCAGCCCCGGACAGGUGGGGCCGGACGGCGUCACCUGCGGCCACCGGCCUGGCCGGACACCGGCUGUGGCCACCGCGGGGGACGCUGGUGCCGCGCGGCGCUGCGGGGCGGCGGUAAGGGGACCGUGAGGGGGUGAACGGGGGGUCCCGUCCUGCCCCAAUGGCGGGGGUCCCAUCCUUCCCCAGGGUGCGAUGGUCCCUUCCAAGGGUUUGGGGUCCCUUCCAAGAGUUUUGGGUCCCGUCCUCCCCUGUGGGGGGUUGUCCUCCUGCCGCAAGGUCCGGGGUCCUGCCCUGCCCCAGAGCCUGGGGGGGUCCGGUCCUUCCCCGGGCCGGGGUCCGCAAGGCAUGGAGAGACCACCAGGGCUCAGGACUGGUCCUGAGCUGCUCCCGCUCUGGGCUCUCCCCUGGCUCCGGGGAUGGUGUGUCCGUGGCGAGUGGGGUCUGCGGGGUGUCUGUGGGUACAGGAGUCCAUGGCGAGGGGUGCUCUGUGGGGCGGAAGGCUGUGGGGGGCUGUGGACGCAGGGGUCCGUGGGGAGAGGCGUCCCCCCACUCAGGCCGGGCAGCACAGCACGGCCCGGGGGAUGGCUGGGGGAAGUAUUGGGGUCCCUCGGAGCUUUCAGGGGGUCCGUCCCGGGGAGCCCUGCGGGGUCAGGACAGGCUCUGGCACCGGCCUGGCCGGUGGGACAGGACGGGCCGGUGGCACCUGCGGUGUCACCUGCGGUGUCACCUGCCCGCGGCCGGGGCCAGCUCAGGCCACCCGAAUUCGGGGCACGCGGGCGGCGCUGCGGCACCCCAGUGGCAUUUCCGGCGCCCCACACCUGCCCCCGACCCCUUCCGCCCCACACCUGCCCCAUGGCGGCCCCAGGGCGGCGGCGGGUGCUCACGUUCCCCGGCAGGUGAUGGCGGAGCAGGGAGAGGAGGACCGGGAGUACCGGCAGUACCGGCGGCUGGAGGAUUGUGAGGAGGACUCGCCCCCCGGCGAGGAGGAGGAGGAGCAGCUGCUGCUGCACGUCACUGAAGGACCGACAGACUCGUGGCACCACGUUAAGGACCUGGACAGUUUCUUCACCAAGAUCUACCAGUUCCACCAGAGGAAUGGCUUUGCCUGCGUCCUGCUCUCGGACGUGCUCGAGCUGCUGCAGUUCCUGUUCGUCGUCACCUUCAGCACGUUCCUGCUGUGCUGCGUGGACUACGACGUCCUGUUCGCCACGCGCCCGCUCAACCACAGCCACGUCCCCGAGCGCGCCAAGGUGACGCUGCCCGACGCCGUGCUGCCCGCCCCGCAGUGCGCCCGCAGGCUCCGUGGCAGCGGGUGGCUGCUGUUCCUGCUGGUGCUGGCAGGCGCGGUCUGGCUGUGCCGCCUGGUCACGGCGCUCCGGCGCCUCGUGGGCUACUGGGAGAUCCGGAGCUUCUACAUCCGCGCGCUCGGCAUCCCGGCGGAGGAGCUGUGUAACCACAGCUGGCAGUCGGUGCAGGCCCGGCUGCUGGCCCUGCAGCGGCGCCAGCCCCUGUGCGUGCCGCGCCGGGAGCUGACGGAGCUCGACAUCCACCACCGCAUCCUGCGCUUCCGCAACUACACCGUGGCCAUGGUCAACAAGUCCCUGCUGCCCGUGCGCUUCCGCCUGCCGCUGCUGGGCCCCGUGGUCUUCCUCACGCGCGGGCUGCAGUUCAACCUGGAGCUGCUGCUGUUCCGCGGCCCGGCCGCGCUCUUCCAGAACACCUGGAGCCUGCGGCCGCAGGUGAAGCGGGCGGGCGCGCGGCGGGCGCUGGCGCGGGGCCUGGCGCGGGCGGCCGUGCUGCUGGGGGUGGCCAACCUGGCGCUGUGCCCCUGCGUGCUGGGCUGGCGCCUGCUGCUCGCCUUCUUCAGCUACGCCGAGGGGCUGAAGCGGGCCCCGGGCAGCCUGGGUGCGCGCCGCUGGUCGCUCUACGCGCGCCACUACCUGCGCCACUUCAACGAGCUGGGCCACGAGCUGCAGGCGCGGCUGGGCCGCGGCCACGCGCCGGCCACCAGGUACAUGGACUCGUUCAGCAGCCCGCUGCUGGCCGUGCUGGCUCGCCACGUCGGCUUCUUCGCCGGCUCCGUGCUGGCCGUGCUCAUCGUGCUCACCGUGUACGACGAGGACGUGCUGACGGUGCAGCACAUCCUGACGGCCAUCACGCUGCUGGGGCUCGUGGUCACCGUGGCCAGGUCCUUCAUCCCGGACGAGCACGCGGUGUGGUGCCCGGAGCAGCUGCUGCAGCGGGUCCUGGCACACGUCCAUUACCUGCCCGAGCACUGGCAGGGCCGCGCUGGCCGUGCCGAGACACGAGCAGAGAUGGCGCAGCUCUUCCAGUACAAGGCGGUUUUCAUCCUGGAGGAGCUGCUGAGCCCCCUGGUGACGCCCCUGAUCCUCAUCUUCGCCUUUCCCCCCCGCGCCCUCGACAUCGUGGACUUCUUCCGCAACUUCACGGUGGAGGUGGCGGGGGUGGGCGACAUCUGCUCCUUCGCGCAGCUGGACGUGCGGCACCACGGCAACCCGCAGUGGCUGUCGGAGGGGCACACGGAGGCGCCCCCGGAGCGCCAGGCGGAGCACGGCAAGACGGAGCUGUCGCUGAUGCGCUUCGCCCUGAGCAACCCCCGGUGGCGGCCGCCGCCGCCCGCCCGCCGCUUCCUCGGCCACCUCCAGGCGCAGGUGACCCGGGACGCGGCGGCCGCGCCCGCCCCGCGGCCCCGGAGCGCCGAGGGGCCGCUGGCCGCGUCCCUGCUGUCCGAGGACUCGGCGCUGGCGCCCGAGGCGCUGGUGACCAGUGUCUGGGCGGCCAGCGGGCUGGUGGCCCGGGACCCGCGCUUCGGGCAGCCCUGCGGCACGGCCAGCGCCACCGCCAGCCUGCUGGCCUCGCUGCGGGGGACACCGCUGGGGACACCGCCCGGCCCGGCCCCCGACAGCCCUGCGGAGCCGCACUGCCCCGAGGACAGGCCGGCGCUGAGUGAGUCGCGGCUGCGCAGCCUGAGCCGCUCGGCGCUGCUGGCCGAGGUGGCCUCCGCCGAGAUGAGCCUUCACGCCAUCUACCUGCACCAGCUCCACCAGCAGCAGCAGCAGCAGCCGCAGGGGCCCAGCCCGCAGCCCGCGGGGGCACCCAAACACCCCUUCGUGCCCACAGGCUCGGCUGCCCGCGCCUCGCAGCUGCGGGAGAUGCCGCUGGGCGGGUGGGCCGAGGAGGAAGAGGAGGAGGAAGAGGAGACGAUGACGUAGCCGGGCCUGGCGCCGGGUCCUGGUUGUGCCAAGACCCCCCGGAGGUGCCGGGGGAGCCGCCAGGGGCACAUGGGGGUCUCGCCGUGCCCGCUAUGCUGCCAGGGGGGCCCUGUGUAGGAGCCCCCUGCUCGGGGCGUCCCUGGUGACCCCACUACCGUGCAGGGCCAGGGGUGCUGCCAGGGCGCCCCCAGGUGCUGUUUUUGGGGGGCGAGGGCUGGUGCCCCCUGUGGUGCCCCAAGCACCAGCUGAAAUAAAGGUUUACAGAGGG